AUGGGGAAGAUUGUGUUCUUCGAGGAUAAGAAUUUCCAAGGGCGAAGCCAUGAGUGCAGCGCGGACUGUCCUGACCUGCGCUCUUACUUCAGCCGUUGCAACUCCAUUAAGGUGGAGAGUGGCUGCUGGGUGCUGUACGAGCGUCCCAACUACACUGGCAACCAGUACAUCCUGAGCCCCGGGGAAUACCCUGAUUACCAGCAGUGGAUGGGAUUCAAUGACAGCAUCAAGUCAUGCCGCUGUAUCAAAAACGUGUAUGGAAAGUCCUGGAAGAUCAGAUUCUACGAAAAGAAGGAUUUCGGAGGUCAGACAGCAGAGUGUGUUGAGGAUUGCCCAUCUGUUUACGAGACCUACAAGUUCCAGGAGGCCCACUCCUCUGUGGUGAUGGAUGGUGCGUGGGUCGUCUACGAUCAGCCCAACUACCACGGACACCAGUACUUCCUGGAACGUGGCGAGUACCACAACUAUACAGACUGGGGCGCCACCUCCCCUGCUGUUGGAUCCUUCCGCAUGAUCACAGAGUUCUAG